AUGUCUCCGCCAGCUGAUGCGCACCCCGCAACGGGAGAAACCGGACACAAAACGUCGCGCGCGCAAACCACGAGUGUCUCGUCAAUCCCGGAUACGGCGCGCCCCAGACGCCCAACCGUUCUGAGCGACAUCCAGGACACCAUUUCGCACCCUGGAAAUGUGAGGAUUAACGUCCAGGGCGCAUUCAUUGUCGACGAAGAACAACCGAGCACACCGAAGAGCGAGGACUAUGAGCACGAUCCAAAGGACAUCCGCCUGCCGAACCAUACCGCAGUAGUGAGCCAUGUGGCCGUUGAUAUUGGAGGCUCCCUUGCGAAACUCGUCUACUUUUCGCGCGAACAUGGCGACGACUCUGGCGGCCGUCUCAACUUUCUCAAAUUCGAGACGGACAGGAUAGAUACGUGCAUUGAGUUUAUGCGCAAGCUGAAAGACGACCACAAGCAGAAUAAUGGCUCGGCGCGAGGAGAAUUGUGCGUCAUGGCAACAGGUGGUGGGGCAUUCAAGUACUACGACCGCAUAACGGAAGCGUUGGGCGUCGAGGUUACCCGGGAAGAUGAGAUGGAGUGCCUGAUCAUAGGCCUCGACUUCUUCAUCAACGAAAUCCCCACCGAAGUUUUCACAUACAGUGAAGACAUCCCCAUGUCCUUCGUACCAUUUCCACCAGACCCACCGAACAUCUACCCUUACCUCCUCGUCAACAUCGGCUCCGGCGUCUCCAUGAUCAAAGUGUCAGGGCCACGGCAAUACGAGCGCAUUGGAGGUACAUCGUUAGGAGGCGGAACACUCUGGGGUCUUCUGUCCAUGCUCACAGGCGCACGAACCUUUGACGACAUGUUGAGACUAGCAGAAAAGGGCGACAACUCAACCGUAGACCUGCUCGUAGGCGACAUCUACGGACAAGCAUACAACAAGAUUGGGCUAAAGAGCACCCACAUCGCAUCCUCCUUCGGCAAGGUCUACAAGAUGAAGCGCGCCGCGGAACGAGAUGCAGAAGAUGGCUGUAGCGGCGACAUGAAGAACCGCGAGGAAGCAGAGCACGUCGAAGGCUCCUCAGAACUGCCCCACGAACCAGCAACGUUCCGACCAGAGGACAUAUCCAGAUCUCUCCUCUACGCCGUUUCCAACAACAUUGGCCAGAUCGCUUAUCUACACGCUGAGAAGCAUGGGUUGGAGCGCAUCUACUUCGGAGGCUCGUUCAUUGGCGGCCAUUCGCAAACUAUGAAUACCCUCUCCUACGCUAUCCGCUUCUGGUCCAAGGGGACUAAGCAGGCCUACUUCCUGAGACAUGAGGGCUACUUGGGCAGCGUGGGUGCGUUUUUGAAGAGGCAGCCUAGGAACUGGGGACGGAGAGCUAGUCUGGAUGGGCCGAGGGGUGCUGCUUGA